AUGACCCGGACCGGUCCCCAUGUUGAUGUCGACGCCGUCGUGAUUGGUGGCGGCUUCGGUGGAUGCAAUUCACUCUACAAGCUCCGACGCCUCGGCCUGUCAGUGAAGCUGAUCGAAGCCGGUAGUGGAUUUGGCGGGGUGUGGCAUUGGAAUCGUUACCCCGGCGCCCGCGUCGAUACGGAGAUGCCAUCUUACCAGUUCAACAUUCCUGCUGUGUACAAGGGUUGGAACUGGUCUGAGCGCUUCCCAGGCGACGAAGAACUACGAGCAUACUUCCAACAUGUCGACAACGUCCUCGACUUGAGCAGGGAUACCUUUUUCAACACAAUCGUCAACAAUGUUCGAUAUGACACCGCCACAGCUCGGUGGAACGUUCAGACUGAAUCUGGACUAUCGGCAACUUGCAAGUACCUCAUCGCUGCCACCGGAUCCUCGCAUAAAAAGCACUAUCCGGCCUUCAACGGGCUAGACAAUUUUCGUGGAAAGUUUGUUCAUGCGGCCGAUUACCCCGAAUCUUUGGAUCUUAAGGGAAAGCGUGUCGGCGUGGUUGGAAAUGGUGCCUCUGGUCUUCAAAUCGUGCAGAAUGUCGCCAAGGAAGAUUGUGAUCUCAAAGUCUUUAUUCGCACGCCAUGCUUCGCCAUUCCAAUGAAACAGCGUCAGAUUUCUCCCGAAGAAGCAGAGAUGAUGAAGGGCUACUAUGACGGGAUCUUUGAGCGCAACUACAAAUCCACGGCUGGCUUUCCACACAACACCAUCUUCAAAUCUGCUCACCAAGCCACACCCGAAGAGAGAAAGGAAUUGUUCGAUGAACUGUGGGAACGAGGUGGUUACAGUUUCCUGGUAUCGAACUACUACGAUUUCCUUCUGGACGAAGGUGCCAAUUCGAUCUUCUACAAUUACUGGAUCCAGAAAGUCCGCGCUCGCAUGACGAAUCCUGAGAAAAUGGAUCUCGUAGCGCCCUUGAAGCAACAGAUGCUGAUUGGAACCAAGAGACCCAGUCUGGAGCAGGAUUACUAUGAAAUGAUCGACCGAUCCAACGUGACCCUCCACAACCUGAAGAAGUUUCCUAUCCUAGAGUUCGACGCUACAGGAAUGGUGACAAGCGACGGCAAAACAACGCAGCACCACGAUCUAGAUGUGGUCAUCUUUGCCACGGGCUACGAUGCUGUCACUGGAAGCUUGCUAGACCUGGCAAUUUCGGAUAAGAAUCAAGUUCCAUUGAGCGAGAAGUGGAAGAAUGGCGUCCUCACACACCUUGGCAUGAUGGUUCCAGAUACGCCCAAUCUAUUCAUUGUUUAUGGUCCUCAAGCGCCUACUUCGCUAGCUAAUGGCCCGCCUUUCAUUGAAAUGGAGGUUGAUUGGAUCUAUCAAGUGAUUGAAAAGAUGCAAAAGGAAGGACUCAGCUCCAUUGAAUCUACUCAGGCCGCUGCGGAAGCUUGGCGCGACGAGGUCCAUGCUGUUAGCCAGUAUACUCUCUAUCCUAAGGCUGAUUCGUGGUAUAUGGGCUCUAAUAUUCCUGGCAAGAGACGUGAGCCACUUGUCUAUCUUGGUGGUAUGCAACGUUGGUGGAAGAGUUGCAAGGCUGGAUUGGAGAGCUGGCAGGGAUUCAGUACGUCUUCUUAA